GCCGAAUGUAAAAUCAACUUCGCUGGAAUGGGCUUGUACAAAGUCAUCAGUCGCGGGGUACCAGGUAUUGUGAAGACUCGAAGAGACACUGCGCACGUGACGGGAUGGCGGUGCCAGUUCCGGCCAAGCAUUCACAGAAACCACCUGGGCAUGCCACCGGAUCUCGUAGGCAUCUACUCCGUACAAGUGUACACGAUAUCUCUAUAGCAUAACCACCUCUCAUCCGUAUCUACCACGACCUUGCAAAAAGCAUGAACCGCCUCUUCGGAGCAAAGAGCACAGCACCCAAGGCCACCCUGAACAGCGCCAUCUCCAAUGUCGACACCCGGAUAGAAAGCAUCGACGUGAAGCUCGCAAAGCUCAACGGCGAGCUCACCGUCUACCAGACGCGGCUCGCCAAGAUGCGCGACGGCCCCGGCAAGACGGCGAUCAAGCAGAAGGCGCUCAAAGUGCUACAGCAGCGCAAGAUGUACGAGGCGCAACGGGACCAGCUGCAGCAGCAGUCGUGGAACAUGGAGCAGGCGAGCAUGAUGCAGGAUAAUCUCAAGAACACGAUGGUGACGGUGGAUGCGAUGAAGACGACGACAAAGGAGUUGCGCAAGCAGUACGGGAAGAUCGAUAUCGACAAGAUUGAGAAGCUGCAGGAUGAGAUGGCGGACCUCAUGGAUAUGGGUAACGAUAUCCAGGAGAGCAUAAGUCGGAGCUAUGACGUGCCCGAAGAGGUGGACGAGGCCGAGCUGGAUGCUGAGCUUGAGGCGUUGGGCGAGGAAGUCGAUCUCGAGGGUGUUGGAGAGACGUCAGGAGUACCCGCCUUCCUGCUUGAUGAUCAUGCACCACCACAGUUCAUUGAUGAACCACCGGAGGCGAAUAAGGUCAAGGAAGCGGCAGGUUGAGGCCUUCUCCGAGCGCGGACUAUGAUUGCAUUUGAGCAACACAACACUCGAAAUUCGCUCGCACAUACAUGUUCUAACAUCCAUCGAGCCGGAAGUAUGCUUCGGCGCAUAUUUGGAUAUGAUGGUUUCGCAUGCUCCAGGAGUAUGGACUUGCUAGCAAUGGCAGGCCGUAAUCUUGUUUUUGAUACCCUUGAUACUCACACUUCAUAUCUCUAUCUACUUGACAGAGUCUAGCAUCGCUCUGUGAUACAUGCUAUACGCUACCAG